AUGGUGACUUUUACGCGCUGCUUAGGUUUCCUAGCCUCCCUCGCCGCAGUGGGCGUGCAUGGACUCGCAUACCACUGCGCAGAUUUUUCUUCCCUGUUGGUGAACGAAGCUGCGGGUAUCACGUACACAGACAAUGGCGUCCCGGAGCGCUUUGACACUAUCCUUGCCAACCAUGGGGCUAACCUUGCGAGGAUCCGAGUAUGGACGGCCGGUGACUACAACCUGUCCGCCGCUCUAGCGGUCGCCAAGCGGGCUCAGGGUGUCGGGAUGCAGCUGUUAGUGGAUCUGCACUAUAGUGAUAGCUGGGCUGACCCGGGAAAGCAAUACAUUCCUUCAAGCUGGCCUACUGACUUGGCUGGGUUACUCCCAACAAUAUACAACUAUACGAGGGACCUGGUCAUGGCAUUCAAUGCUCAGGGAACCCCCAUCACAUUCUUACAGAUUGGCAAUGAAAUCAACAGCGGUAUCCUAUGGCCAGUGGGUGAGAUCUCGCAGACGGGCUACGGGCCCCUCUCACAGCUCCUUCACUCGGGAGUCAUGGGCGCUCGUGCUGGCUCCUCCACACUGAAGACUAUGAUCCACCUCGCUAACGGCUGGGACCUACCUGAGCUGACCAGUUGGUACCAAGGGGUCCUGAGUGUUGAGGGAGGCCUCACGCUGGCCGACGUGGAUACCAUGGGUUUCUCGUUUUACCCCUUCUAUGGCACUGGGGCGACAUUGAGUGCAUUGCAGACGAGCAUGAUGAAUAUUACACAGACCUAUCGCAAGAACUUUAUGAUAGUGGAGACGGACUGGCCGGCGGUAUGCUCAGGCGUCGCGCUCAGUGAGCCUUCGAUUCCUGCUUCUGUGCCCGGCCAGGAGACAUGGGUGGAGGAUAUCAGGAACACGCUGCAAAACGUGGUGAUCGAUGACGGGGAGAACGGGAUGGGCGUGGUAGCACUCGGUAUUUGUUACUGGGAGCCUGGAUGGAUCGGCAACGCUGCUCUGGGAUCCGGCUGUCAGGAUAAUCUGCUCGUGGACUCAGCGGGAGCUACAAGACCUUCUAUCAGCAUGUUCUCUCUUGAUAUGUAGGGGAUUAUGUACAUUUUUUCCAUCGCAUUUCAUGGAUCACGG